AUAAAUAAGCGGGCUGCCUACCUGCAGCACCGCCACUGGCUCCUUGGCACCGCCGAGCCCGAGCCCCAGCCGCCCGCCCCGCCCCGCCGGGACAUGAUCCUGCCCUGCGCCCUGGUGGUCGCGCUCCUGGCUGCCGGCCGAGCAGCCAAUCCUUGCUGCUCAAACCCAUGCCAGAACAGAGGAGUAUGCAUGACAACAGGAUUCGAUCGAUAUGAGUGUGACUGUACAAGGACAGGGUUUUAUGGGGAAAACUGCACAACACCGGAAUUCCUCACCUGGCUGAAGCUGGCACUGAAGCCUACGCCAAACACUGUCCACUACAUUCUCACCCACUUCAAAGGGAUCUGGAAUAUCAUCAACAACAUUCCCUUCUUACGGGACACCAUUAUGAGAUACGUGCUAACGUCAAGAUCACAUUUGAUUGACAGCCCACCAACUUACAACAGUGACUAUAACUACAAAAGCUGGGAAGCAUAUUCCAAUCUCUCUUAUUACACCAGAAGCCUGCCACCAGUAGGACAUGACUGCCCAACACCUAUGGGUGUUAAAGGUAAGAAAGAGCUCCCAGAUUCAAAGCUGAUUGUGGAGAAAUUCUUGCUGAGGAAAAAAUUUAUUCCUGACCCACAAGGCACGAAUGUGAUGUUCACAUUCUUUGCUCAACACUUCACUCAUCAGUUCUUUAAGACAGACCACAAGAAAGGACCUGGCUUCACUAAAGCUCUCGGCCAUGGGGUUGACUUGAACCAUAUUUAUGGAGAGACUCUAGAGAGACAACUUAAACUGAGACUUCUCAAGGAUGGAAAGCUAAAAUAUCAGAUGAUUGAUGGGGAAAUGUAUCCACCCACAGUGAAGGACACCCAGGCAGAAAUGGUGUACCCUCCUCACGUUCCUGAACACUUGCAGUUUUCUGUCGGGCAGGAGGUGUUUGGUUUGGUCCCAGGUUUAAUGAUGUAUGCUACAAUAUGGCUCAGAGAACACAAUCGAGUCUGUGACAUCCUGAAACAGGAGCAUCCAGAAUGGGAUGAUGAGCGACUGUUCCAGACUACUAGACUCAUAUUGAUAGGAGAGACGAUCAAGAUUGUUAUUGAAGACUAUGUACAACACCUGAGUGGCUACCACUUCAAACUGAAGUUUGAUCCUGAGCUGUUGUUCAACCAGCGCUUCCAAUACCAGAACCGGAUUGCAGCGGAAUUCAAUACCCUGUACCACUGGCACCCGCUUCUGCCAGACACUUUUCAGAUACAUGACCAGGAGUACACUUUCCAGCAGUUCCUCUACAACAACUCCAUAAUGCUGGAACAUGGGCUUUCGCAUAUGGUGAAGUCUUUCUCCAAGCAAAGUGCUGGCAGGGUUGCUGGGGGGAAAAAUGUUCCUGCUGCAGUACAGAAGGUAGCAAAAGCUUCAAUUGACCAAAGCAGACAAAUGAGAUACCAGUCCUUGAAUGAGUACAGGAAGCGCUUCAUGUUGAAACCAUUUAAAUCAUUUGAAGAACUUACAGGAGAAAAAGAAAUGGCAGCAGAACUGGAAGAGCUUUAUGGAGACAUUGAUGCUAUGGAGCUGUAUCCAGGCCUCCUUGUAGAGAAGCCACGACCAGGCGCCAUCUUUGGCGAAACAAUGGUAGAAAUUGGAGCGCCCUUCUCUCUGAAAGGACUGAUGGGAAACACUAUCUGCUCGCCUGAGUACUGGAAGCCCAGCACUUUUGGAGGAAAAGUCGGCUUUGAAAUAAUCAAUACUGCCUCCUUCCAGAAGCUCAUCUGCAACAAUGUGAAAGGCUGUCCUUUCACUGCUUUCCAUGUCUUAAACCCUGAACCCACAGAGGCAACCAUUAAUGUUAGUACCUCAAACACAGCAAUGGAAGAUAUCAACCCCACAUUACUACUGAAAGAGCGAUCUGCUGAGUUAUAAAAUAUCCAUCUAUUUAUUUAUUUAAUUAUAUAAAUUAUUGUAUUUAUAGCUUAAUUAUUAUUAUUACUCUUUUUUAAAAGAGCUCAUGUCUUCACUUUGGAGUUUGCCCUAGACUUCUUACUCAGGUAAGGCUUCCAUUUAGAAAAGGGAUUUUUCUGUGUUUGAGCUCAACAGUAGUAAAUCCCUUGUUUAAAGUCUUCUGUAACAGAACUAAGUAUUCCAAAAUGGACAAAAGUUCCAAUUUUUUUAUAUUGCUUUCUUACUUGACAGAAAGGGCAUUUAUUUUGUUGUGUUUUCUCACUUGAUAGGUCACAACACUACAAAAGCGAGUUAUUGCCUCAGCUUUUUAGACUUGAAAAUAGGCGGUCAAACUAAAAGGUCAAGAAAACUCAACUUGCUGCAGCUGAUAACUCUUGGCAGUUUUCAUUAUUGGUACUCAAAGAUGAAUAAAAGAUGCAACUUUUUUUUAAUGUAAACUCAGAACGAGUUGCAUUUCCUCAUUGAUACUACCUCUCCCUUGUUGCAAAUAGGGCACUUUGUACAGUAACUUACAGGUUCUCUUUUGUGUGUAAAUCUGCUUUCCUGUGGCAUUACACUUUGUUUAUUAUUAUUUAAAGAGAAUAGAACUUGUCUUGCAUCCUGCUUUUGUGAUGUGGGCUUCAAAGCCACAAGUAUUAUUUGUGCUGAGAAUGAUCCUAGUGGUACUGAGGUAGAAGCAGCCUGGUGGUCACUUAUUUCUAGUCUGAUAGAGAUGUUUUAGUUUGCAAAGUUGGGGAGCUCUUAGAGUCCAAAGUAUUAGUGUUCUUUCCAUAGCUCUAAUUCUCUGGUCUACUUGAUAAUACAACUUUAAUCUUUGUCACUUUAAGGACAAAUGGACAGUAUAGUUUUUAGUUAAGGAUGUGACCUACAGUAUAUAACUAUCCCAGCUACUUAGUUAUCCUGGUUCUAUGGAGUGUACCCAAAAAAACAACAUUGAAAUCAUUGGGGGAUAGUAAAAACGGGGAAGCUGUGUAAGCAUGCGCAGCAAAAAUGAAUCUUGAACAGAUCUAGCCAAGUUUUAUAAUGAUAAGACUGGGCAUUAUAGUUUAAGUCUAUGUACACAAGCCAUAGUCAUGCCUUAGUUUUUUAUUUAUUUGGGGGUGUGAGGGGAAAUAAUGUUUUGUUUAUAACUUAUAAACAGGGGCAUUUUUAAGCAAUUCUUUUGUGCUAACUGGCCAGUUUCUUUUGCCAGUUUCUUUUAAGAUAAAAAGAUUCUAGACAUGGUUGUCCUGAUUCAGCAAUAAAAUCUCUAGUCUUACCUGGGCACAUACACAGCUUGCUUGCUUGCUUUUUUUUUCUUCUUUUUUUUUUAAGCAGUACUUCAAAACUUUCAUAGAAGGGGGUUUGGGGUCUUCUUGUUUGUGUUAAUUUCUGGAGGGGGAAAUGUGGAACAACAUCUUUCCAUAAAAACAGCUAAGGAACUAUAGGUAAAAAGACUGUCACCCCAGACUGCGAUAGAGAGGCAACACAGUAUUUUGUGCUAAGAAAAAGAUAAGUAAGUUCAUGACUGCUUGCAAAAAGGAGUUUAAUUUCAUACUACAUCUGAAUUUCUCCAACCUCUUUGAGGCUUGGUAAUGCAUAAUGAGGACUAUGGUACUAGUAUGGCUUGACUGUCACUUCUGUGUCCUUCUUUGUUUAAAGACAUCAACUACCUUUUUGCGGUGUAAGUUUGUAAUCCUUAAUGCAAAUAGCUGAAUUAAGAUGUCCUAUAAUAAUCAAUACCAGUGUCUGAUUUGAGAUGGUCUCUGAGAUGGAUGCUUUGGGUGUAGGAGGAGCAUUUGUUUAGUUUUCUGUUUUGAGGCACUAAGAUGACAAAUUUCAGUCACUUUCUAUUGAAAGGUGAUCAGCACUGUAAAUGUUAGUAAAUUAUUUGGUCAUGUUAGACACUUAGUUGUCAUUUAAUUCAUGUCAUGUCAUCUUUGGAAUACACUUUGGCAGAGCAGCCUUCCACCAUUAACAAGGAAAAAUGUUUGGCUUGAAUUCAAAAGGAGACAGCUUUAGACAGAUCUAGUUAUUUGGGGGGUAGAUAAAAAUGAAUUAACAAGGUUUAAGUCCAUGUUGCUUGAGUUAGGUAUAAGCUGCUUCAGAAAGGAAUCAUGUUCACUUUGCAUUUUGUACUUCGCAAUCACAUUUUGGCAGUCACUUAUCUGUUUCCCAACCUGCUGGGUUAGGCUGGGUUCAAGUUGCUCCUGAUAAAUGUGUAUGUCUGAGAUUAUUUAUUUAAAAUUCUGUGGAAUUGUUUUUCAUUUUAUUUUUGUAGAACAAGAGGCUUUUAAAAUACAAUUGUUUCAAUAAAUAAGUUUAAAAAAACA